UUUAGAUCUGGCAUCAAAACAAGGUACUCAUGUAGUCGCACUGCUGUGAUCUCUUGCUGAGUAUUUGAAUUUGAAUAACUUUAAACGAAGAUAAUUAACGGUAGUUAAAUAUUUUAUCUUCGUAUUCUGAUUGGUUACGUAUUUUUCAACCAUCAUGCAAAUACUCAAAUUGAAAUAUUCUGUUUAUUUUCCACCACAUAUGUUUUAAAAUUGUGUUUAAUCAAUAAAUGUUUCAGUUGUUGCAUUUAAAUUAUUAAUAUUAUGUUUAAUAGAUUCAGUACUAAAGAUUAGUAUUAGAAUCGUUUGAUUCUUAUACAGUCAUUUUUUAAAAGAUAUUUCUUUUGUAUUCUUUUGAAAAAUUCCAGCAGUUUUUAGUGAUCAAGGUGUACUUUGCAAUAUUAGAUGAGCUCUAAAAAUCAAAUUUUCAAUCAAGAGGAGCUGGAAGCUGAAAUAGAGCAAUCCAGACAGGCUCGGGAUAAUCACAAUUUCAAGAAAUCAAAACAUUCUCUAGAUAGUGAUGAGGAGGAUGAAAAAGAGGAAGCAAAAAAGUAUAAUGUGCUAGAUCCUAAUGAAUUAGAAGGACAAGAAGAUAGAACUAUUGAUUUUGAUGGUGAAAUUCGAAUCACCCCUUUUAAUAUGAAAGAGGAAUUAGAAGAAGGAUAUUUUGAUAAAGAUGGGACUUACAUCUUCCAAAAAGAAGAAGAUGUCGUAAAAGAUCAGUGGCUUGAUGAUAUUGAUUGGAUAAAGGUAAAAGCUAGAGAAAAAACUAAAAGAAAAGUAGAGGACGAUGAGGAAAGUGAUGAAGAGAGACCUGCCAUUGAUGUGGUUGACCACUAUACUAAAAUGCUAGAUUUGAUGAAACCAAAAGAAACUGUCCAGAAAGCUAUUUGUCGUUUAGGAGGUUCAACUGCCUCUAGAAGUGCUAGCAAUAAAUGGAAAAAGAAAAAAGACAGUGUAGAAGAAGCUAACACAAAAAGUGAAGAAGAUGUAGAAAAAUUAGUGACUUUGACUAGCUUAGCAAAUAAUCUUAUACAAUCUGGAGACAUGGAUGUGUAUCAACAAACGUAUGAAAAAAUGUCAUAUUAUGUCAAUUCCAAGACUAAAUCUAAUGAUCAAAAUGGUGAUGAUGCUGCAUUGGACAUGUUCGGAGAUGAUUUUGAAGAAACUGUUGAUGAAAAUAAAACUUCUGUUUCUGGGCAUCACAGUCCGUCUCCAACUGCAGAUACUAACUCAGAAGUUAUGUGGGAGUUCAAGUGGGAUAAUGCAAAGGAUUCCAAAAUUUAUGGUCCCUUUCCAACUUCCCAAAUGCAACAAUGGGUUGAAGAAGAAUAUUUUCAAAGUGGAGUAUUUGUAAGACAAGUUGAUAAGCCAGAUGCUGAAUUUUAUAGUUCAAAGAGAAUGGACUUUGAAUUAUACAUGUAAAUUGUUUUUUCACAUCAUUAUUAUACCAUCUUCAUUUUAUAAUUCAUAUUUCAUCAUUACAAUUAAAUAAUUUUUGUUUAAACUUGUGAAGAUUCCUGUACGUUUGAUGUUUUUUGUGCAAAAUACAUUCAUGUGGUUUGAAAUGUUUAAAAUUUAGUUUUAUUUGAAAAAAUUGUUUUUGUUUGUUUAAUUUUGUUUUGAAAAAGGAUGUUUUUUAUUUUAUCGACUUUUUUAUGCCUUCUUGUUGUUUAACUAUAAAUCUUUUAUUGUUUAUUAAAAUUUAAUUUCAUAAAAAUAUUUCACUUCAGUUUACUCUUAAACUGGGAAAAAAACAAAAAGAAAAACUGUCAAGUUUCAGGAUUAUAGUGCUGCGGGAAAUAAUGUUCUUUUUCUAGAUUUUGUUUGAUUUAUCAUUGAAAAAUUUAUGUUGAUAUAUUGCUGAUAAAAUAUGACAAUUUAGGGUUUACUCUACCAUCUUAAAAUUUUCAAUGGAAUUACUUUUAUUCUCGAUAUAUUUAAAUGAAUGAAAAAUGUAUUACCACACCAAAAUAUUCAACAUGAAAAUAUACAAAUAUAUUUUUAUUUAUUGUGAUGUGAUAUGUAGAGAUUCUAAAAUGUAAUCUAUUUUUCUAUUUAAGCAAAACAUCAUAAUGAUUUUGAAGAUAUUCUAUUUCUUGCUAAAACUCACUCAUAAAUGCAAAACUGCUUUCAGUCCCCCCCCCCUUAUUGUACAACCUUAAUGCUCCGGUUUAUGUAAAAUUGUAAAUUUAGAAGUUAGGGGAAUGUCUAUUAAUUUUUAUCCGCUUCAUGUGUGUUGAUGAUGUUUACAAGAAAAGUUAGAAAUCUGAAUCAUGUUAUAAUUUUCUGUGAAUAGUGUAAGAAUAAAAUUUUUAUUAUGUACAAUUUUUUUUAAGAUUUCUAUAAUUUUGAAAAAAUUUCUUAUUCCCUUUUUUUUUUAAUACUGAUUAUUUAUAAAAACUAUUGCUUGUGUAAAUUUUUGAGCAAAUCCGUUUUUUUUAUUAAAGUUAGUAUUUUAUCGUAAAAAUUAAAAGGUUAGUUAAAUUACAAAACAAAAAAAAAUUUCAUUCUGAAAAUAUUUAAAAUAAUUUGUAAAUAUCUUAAUGUGCACUUUGGAAAGAUAUAAUCAUAAAAAUGUUUUAUUAAAAUAAUUUUUACUCAGACUAAUAAAAAAAUUUUGACUCAG